AUGUUGCACUGGCAGCAGAUCAAUCUCAAUCCCAACAACCCCACCAAUUACGGCAAAGUCGUCGCCUCUGGCUAUGGAAGUGGAUGUCGUUAUGACUUUGCAGACUGGGCGUACGUUCCCGGAGGAGGUGAUUACUUGUACACGCUCGGUGUCACUAGUGGAGGCCAUCAAUGCUAUCUGAUCCGAUGGUCACUAGCCACUCACAACUGCGAAAUCAUCAUCAAAUUCAACGAUCUCGUUUUCGCCAACGCCACCGUUUUCGGCGCGACUUAUGCUUCCAGCGAUGGCUUCCUCUACGGCUCCGAGAACACGUUGGGAAAUAUUUACAAAGUCAGCAUUCAAACUCCGUACAGCAUUGUGAAAUUCGCCGAUGGGCCGGCUUCAUACUCGAAUGAUGGAGCGAGAUGUAUCAAUAAUACUCAGCCCGUGGGUAAUGGUGAGGGGAAUACGCCGACGUAUGGAUCGUAG